ACCCUAGCCGCAACCUAUUCCAGAUCGAUCUUUCGCUCCGGCGAACUAUGGCGGUGGCGGCGCUACGCAACCUUGUCGCCAAGAUCCGGAUCCCCCUCUCUUCCUCGCUUCGUUCUUCGCGGGCACCGGCUCCUUUUCCAUCUCCUCCUCCCCCAAAGGGUGAUUUCGAAAAAGCUCUUCUUGUAAAAAACAAGAUUGAAUCUGCUGAAGUCAAGGAUCUUUUCUCCAGUGGAGACUUAAUAGCUGAACAAUGUGAGCUAGUUGAAGAAAUGAUCAGCCAAGUUUCUGAUAGACAUGUCCAAGCUUCUCGAGCGGUGCGUGGUGUUACAUUCAAGUAUUUCUGUACUGGUGUCGUCCUUGGUUCCAUUAAGCAUAUGAUUGAAAGCUUCUACUACAACGAAGCUGAAAUUGAGUUACCGGAGCGUCAAAUUCAUGUGGAGUGACAGCUGGGCGCAUAUCUCAAGAAAAACUUGUUUGUCAUAUCUACUUGAUGUUACUGUUUUAUCAGUAAGCACUAUGUCUACGAUGUGUGUAAUGCAUGUGCUCCAGGCAGCAGAAGUAGUUUCAAUGAUAUGUGGUGUGUACUGCUUGAGUCGACAUGUGAUCUGUAAUAUGUGCUCCAGGCAUAAGUGGCACUUUGUCUGAUAUGUGGGCAUGGUAGAGAGCCGAUGACAUUUGUAUGUACUUUAUCCAGUUUGGAACUGUUUAUGCAGCUGAUGCUAUUCACUAUCUGCCACAUCUCAUGAUUGAAACACUCCCUCAGGAGUUUCCUCU